AUAAAAAAAGUAAAGCAAAGAAGAAGAGAAGGAAGUCUUUGCAAAUUGCAACAGAAAGUCUUCAGUCAACGUACGACUAAAUGUUCUCCCCAUACACAGUUAGUUACACACACAUCAAAUACCAAUUUUGAUUUUUCCUCAAUACCAUAACAUCAUUAUUCCGAUGAAGUUGCUGUUGAUCGGAAUUCUCCUGAUCGGAAUAUUCUCCUCCGCCGCCGACGGCCGCUGCAGCCGCGGCUGCGACCUAGCUCUAGCCUCGUACUACGUAUGGCAAGGAUCGAACCUGACUUUCAUCUCCACUGUGACACAGAUCCCAAUCCCAACAAUACUCAGCUACAACCCUCAAAUCCCUAAUCAGGACAGCGUGCAAGCCGGCGGCCGAGUCAACGUCCCCUUCGCCUGCGACUGCCUCGAAGGCGGCGAGUUCCUCGGCCACGUUUUCAGCUACACCACUUCCCCCGGCAACACCUACGACACAAUUGCCGCCACUUACUACUCCAAUCUCACCACCGUUGAUUGGUUGCAGAAGUUUAAUACAUAUCCUGCCUGGAAUAUUCCCGAUACCGGUGUCGUAUUGAACGUCACUGUUAAUUGCAGCUGUGGGGAUAAGGAUAUCUCCAUGGAUUACGGACUGUUCGUCACGUAUCCUUUCAGAGCAGGGGAGAGCUUCGAUACGGUGGCGGCGGCGAGUAAUUUGAGUGCGGAUUUGUUGAGGAUGUAUAAUCCGACGGCGAAUUUCAGUUCAGGAAGUGGUUUGCUGUAUAUUCCGGGCAAAGAUCGGAAUGGGAUUUUCCCUUCUCUGAAUAUCAGCAAAGAUUCAGGAUUAUCCAGUGGAGCUAUAGCUGGGAUUUCGGUUGCGGGAAUAGCUGGUGUAUUGUUAUGUUUAGGUUGUUUAUAUGUAGGAUUGCGAAGAAAGAAGAAUGCCGAGAAGACUCGAUUGCUUGCAACAGUGCAUGAAGAUGGCACUUCGGUAAAAGCAGCAGAUUCCACUAGCACUCGUGAUGGGGCGUCUACAGGUUUUACAGGCAUUACUGUUGACAAAUCUGUUGAGUUCUCAUAUGAAGAACUUGCAACUGCGACUGAUGACUUCAGUAUUGCAAAUAAGAUUGGUCAAGGUGGAUUUGGUGCUGUCUACUAUGCCGAGCUCCGAGGUGAGAAAGCAGCAAUUAAGAAAAUGGAUAUGCAAGCUAGUAAAGAAUUUCUUGCUGAACUGAAGGUUUUGACACAUGUUCAUCACCUCAAUCUGGUGCGGUUGAUAGGGUAUUGUGUCGAGGGCUCACUUUUCCUCGUAUAUGAAUACAUUGAGAAUGGAAACUUAAGUCAACAUCUCCGAGGCAGGGAACCACUUCAGUGGGCAACCAGGGUGCAAAUUGCUCUCGAUUCAGCUAGAGGUCUUGAAUAUAUCCAUGAACACACCGUUCCUGUGUACAUCCAUCGUGAUAUCAAACCUGCAAAUAUUUUGAUAGACAAGAAUUUCCAUGCGAAGGUUGCAGAUUUUGGGUUGACGAAGCUGACAGAAGUUGGAAGUAGUUCGCUGCCAACGGGCAAACUCGUGGGUACAUUCGGUUAUAUGCCUCCCGAGUAUGCACAAUAUGGUGAUGUGUCUCCAAAAAUAGAUGUGUAUGCUUUUGGUGUUGUUCUGUAUGAAUUGAUUUCAGCCAAGGAAGCCAUAGUUAAGACAAAUGGUUCUUCUGCAGACUCAAAGGGCCUUGUUUCUUUGUUUGAAGAGGUUCUUAGCAAACCUGGCCAAACAGAAGACCUCACGAGUUUAAUUGACUCUAGACUUGGUGAUGAUUACCCUCUCGACUCGGUCCAAAAGUUGGCACAGCUGGCAAGAGCUUGUACUCACGAGAAUCCUCAACUGCGGCCGAGCAUGAGAUCGAUCGUGGUUGCUUUGAUGACACUAUCGUCUACAACGGAGGAUUGGGAUGUCGGCUCUUUCUAUGCAAAUCAUCCUGGACUUUUAAAUCUUAUGUCUGGGAGGUAGUCCAUGUAUAUUAUGUAUAUUUACUGUGCUUUUUCCUCUCUUUUUUUCUUAUGUUUUCCUGAUGUAAAGAGUUUUACCUCAUUGUAACUGUGCAUAUUGGUAGAAUGAAAAUUUGUAUCGAACAGGUUAUUUAUUUGUUGAAAAAUAAAAGAGUUGUAGGGUAAGAAAACAGCAGAAAAUGCUAGUCAUGUAUUA